UGGGCAACAAGGGCGUUAUGUAUACGAUUGAGGAGCCUUCUAUGGAACUUGUGACCACCAUCCACGAACCUCCUCAGCACGGCCUUGGCGGCAGCUAUUGCUGCAUCAAAAACUUUCAGGGCUGCGUUCAGGAGUGUGAUUCCAGCAUUACCUAUGAAUGCUGCGUCAAAAACGGAUAUGGGUGCCACCAGAUGUGCGAUAAGGAAAAGGAGUACUUUUGCUGCCGGGAAAAUAAGUUCGGUUGCGGUCAGCGCUGUGAAUCGGGACGCGAGUACUACUGCUGCAGUUAUAACAAAAUAGCCGGCUGCCUUAACAUGUGUCCAAAGGAGACCAACAAUCUCAUGCUGGAACAGGUUGUGUGAUUUAAUCCUGAAGCACAUCGAUCUGGAAAAUAAUAAGUUUUCUGUGGUAUGUGAGUACUUUAUUCUAUCAUGGGAAUUGCUGUAAUUCUUACAUUUCCAACACUUAUUUAAGCUUUCGCAUUUUCCUAAGCCAAACCCGAGCCAAAGUGCUUUUAUUACGCAUGUGAUUUCUACCAGAAGGAACUGAUUUUUUAAGUGUGCUUACCUCAGUGCUUGAUUCCUGCUGCCAAUGCGUGCUCAAACAAACUCCAGCGAAUGCGAGCUCAUCUAAUAUAGUCCAGACGGAUUUGUGACUCUGUUGUUUCAAUGGCAGGGGCUUAUAACGUAGAACAGCAAGUUCCAAAAUCUGAUCAAAGCUUUAAACGCAUUCCUUCUGUUAUAAAACAUGAGAUAAUAUUUUCGUGCCAGGUUGGCAGUUAGCCCGUUCCGUUAAAAGCCCCCAGCCCUAUCCUCUGAUGAGCGCGUGUGAAAAUGUACGACAUCCAGUCUCGUCCCAGGAAGAAUGGUGGCCUCCACUCCCACUCCCACUCCCACUCCCACUCCCACUCCCACUCGCAUUCUCACUCGCAAUCACCAUCGGCAACAGCAGUCCUUCCCAGGAGAGUCCGUCUCGUGCCCAGCACCAUCUCCGACUCCUCGUGUAAGUCCUACUCCUCCACCCCCACCGCCGGGGCCUAUGCUUUGAGCCCAUACUCCCUCGCCAGCCCCGCGCUCGAUCCCACUAGUUUCACCGCCAAAGAUCGCGUCUCUGCUGCCACUGCUCCACCGGAAGAACCCGCUGCUGUCACUGCCGCUGCGUUUGGAGGAUUCGAGCCCAAGGACGACGAUACGAUGCAGUCGCUCUUGGACAACUUCUCCACGCUCGAGUCGGAGAUAAAGUCGCUGCUCAAGGGGAAGAACUCGCUCAAGGACCGCAUCCAGUCGCUGGGGAGCAAGCAGGAGUCGAUGAGGAGCGUCAUCCAGAACAUGGAGGACAAGCAGCUGGAGAGUAUCAAGAGUAAGCUGGAUGUCAUGGAGCAGCAGGCGCGGGGGAGAGUCGACUACUUGAACCGCUUGAAGCAGGAGAGGAUCCAUUCUCUGGAGCAAGCUCGAAACACCGAGUACUUAGAUCAGCCAGCCUUUGAUCAUUCGGCCGCCGCCACCACCGCCACCAGCUGCUUUGACGAAGAAAGACGUGCACAGAGCUGCCAUCAACAAGAUCACAGUCAAGAGAAUCAAUCGAGAAACAACACCAUCGAACCUGCUUUGAAGAGGAUCAUCACUUGCUGGGACGAGAACAACUGCGACUUGCACCUCAAGAGGCUCAUCCACUCCUCCAGGCAGAUUGCUGCGUUCGAGAUCCUCGAGUUUGCUCACAAGCGGCUCAGCACGCACCUCAUCAACCACAUCUCCGAGACUGCCAGAGCUCUCGUCGGUGACGAGAAGACCGGCUACCUCGGACAGUUCCUCAAGCACGGGCCCUUCGAGAGCAAGCCGGUUGGCGAAGGAACGUAUGGAGAGCUUCUCAAGUUCGUGCAGCGUGAGGCCAAGCCGAGGAAGGAGCUGCUCAAGGCGCUCAAGGCCGCGGAAGAUAGCCUCGUCCAGGAAGCUGUCGCGUCUGGCUACCGAGCCAUCGAGGUCGGCGAUAUAAGAUCCCAGAUGACCGGCUUCUUCACGACUUCCAUGCAAAACUUGAGCCGGUGCUACUACCCCAUACCACUGGCGGACGCGGAGGUGACGAGGGACGUGAUCGACGACACUCGGUUGGCUGCCGAGCAGGGGAAGCUGGGGGCGUUACAAAAAGCGUCCAAACUUAUCAAACUCGGCUGUUAUUUCCUCCAGUGGCAGCUCGCUGCGCAAGCUUCCUGAUUAUGAUUUAAAAACGAAAAGAAGAUAUCAGAAUAAGUGCGCGGUAGUAUACGUACCGCGUCGUCUUUACAGUCAAUAUAAGUCUCUUUAUACA